UAGAACUAAAAAAAAAAAAGCUUUGCUGUGGUUGUGUGCCGUAAUGUUUCUUUUUAUAUUUUAUUUCGUCUCAAAUAAAUAAGCCCUUUUGAGAUAGGUACGCUUUGAUUUCACAAAUUUCGCGUGUUGUUUCAUCGUGAACGUUAAAUGUGACUCCUUAAAAAAUCCUUUACCUGUGUUGACACUAGUGCCUCGUCGUCGGGUACCAUUCUCAGUUGACCAGUUUUGCGAAAACUACGUCGAAUUUCAUUAUAUUAGUAAAAUUGGUGUGUCUGUUCGUAUUAGGAAAUUGUAAAAACAAGUUUUGCCACAGUCGGAAUUGUAAAAGUGCAUGGAAUGUGAUGAUGAUGGGAGCGAGCAGGCCCGAGCCGCGCGCGGGCGCGGGAUCAAGCGGCAUUGCGGAGCUGGUGCUCCGGGCAUUGUGCGGCUGGCGUUCACCGCUGCAGUGCCUGGCGCGGCUCGUGCGCGCGCGUCUCCCGCCCCGCCCGCGCCCCGCCCUCCGCACCAGGACCCUCCCUUUAUGAGCAACAUGGACGAGAUAUCCUACUGGAUCUACACCAAGCGAGCCCCCUGCCUCUUCAACUAUGACAAUAUCCUUAAAAAACAAUCUGAGCAGCCGCAGUGCUCCACAGCCAAACCCCCCAGUGUUAAAAGCGAAGAUCGGGAGCCGUCCCCGAAAAAGAAAAAGUUGUUAGAUGAAGAUUCUGUGUCAACAGAGAAGCAGCAGAAUGUCUAUUUUAAAACUCCACAGAUUCAAAAACCUGCCCUCAACAGUUGCAAGUCUGACAGAGCGGACUCCGAUAUUGAAUUCAAUAUUAAUUCAUCAUCAGGGCGGAAGAAAUCCAAAAACAUGAAGUUGCAAAAGACUUGUCUCACAAGGGAAAAGUCUAAAAAGAAUAAAGUUUGCACUUCAACACCAAAAGUUGUGCAGUUAAGGAGAAGCUUGCGAACUGCUCAACAGAAAUGGAAUAAUAGUAACCUCAAUAGUUCCUUUGAAAUAUUCAACGCUAGCAUUGUUAAUGGUAAACAGGAUGUUGUGGAGGAAGAGGAUAAACAAUCAAACAAAGUGGCCACAAACAACCAGAGCAAGAGCAAGGUAAUGUCACCUAGGAAAGGAACAAAUGACAUUGUACUGAAUGGUCAGUUUGAGGACUUGAGUGAUGUUUCUGGUUUCACAGCCAACUAUAUCCGUUCCACCAAAGUACACUCAUCAAAGAGGCCACAAAAGUUGAGGAAUCAAAACACUAGGGCCCUGACGAAGCACUCAAAACAAAAAGUGCAGUGCGAUAAAAUAAUGAUGUGUGUAAAUAAGUCUGUCAACACGGGGUUUCCAGACACUGCUGCAUUGAGUUGCAGCACCGAUUCUUCUGAAAAUGCCAUAAAAUUAGUAACAGUGAAAAGUCAGGAACAGUCCACUAGGGUGAACAAGAGCACUUCCUUACUAAAAUUCAUGGAGACAAAGUUAGAAGGCAAUAAUAACACUAGUAAAAGUAAUAAACGAGAAAGUAAGAAUAAUUUGAAUAUUUCUUUCCAGUCCCGAAGCAGCGGUGCAUCCAGGUAUCCCAGACGGCACAGAAACAACACAGAAACUCAUGAACCAAACUGUUCAACUAACAUCGCUCUCUCCAAACCCAUUGCCACCGGUAGGAGGUAUAACAUGCGUAAAGGGACUCUUAACGUAAAUCGGAAGGAAAAUUCAGAAGAAAAAGUAGUUUCCAAGACUAGAAGUGGAAGAAGAAGAGGUUUGAAAUUAGAUGUUGAGGAAACCAACCCUUCAGUGCUGCAGUUGGAUAGUUCCAUGGAGCAGGUCACUUCUAGUCCAGGGGUGAACGUAGCCUGUCCCAACACUAAGAGCACGGGGAAGGACAAUACGUCAUCCAGAUGUCUUCGCAGCCGGACAGUGAAUAGGGAUAAAGUAGGACAAUUUUACAAGGAAUCGUCUAGUGAGGGAAGUAAUAAAAAACUUUCUGGUGGCUUGCCCUGUGCCUUGGUACAAUCCACACCAAAAUGUGUUAGAAAAGUUAAAAAGUCAGCGGGCAGAACGGCACAGUCCUUGAGCAGGGACUCUCUAAGGGACAAGAGUGGCUUUGCUGCUUGUUUCUCCGACAGUGACAGUGACAGUGCUCCGUUGAAACAACGCAAGUUUUUCUGUUAGCGUAUUGAAACAUUCAUAAUUUUAAUAGCUUUGAGCUUUAUACUAUAACUGAAAUUUUCCUCUGGUAGACAUUUUUGGCGUAUGUCAUAUUCUCUUGUAUAAAAUAUUGGACCCAUUGGAGGCAGUUAGGUUUUGAGGCCUAUAUUCCAGAUAAUUAGACUCCACCAUAUUGUUGUAUGGUCAUUUCAACAUGGAAGGUAGGAAACAAGAUGGCACACCUUGGAAAAUAUGAUAUUUUGAAUAUGUUUUACUAUUUUUGUUUAAUUUUUUUAAUAUGAUCUUAAUAAACCCUGAGGGCGAACUGCAAUCCAUCGUUUCUGCUCUGUACUUGAACCAAUCAGAGCCUGGUGCUACAAUGAGCAACUUUAGGGUGUGUUGCUUAAAAGCUCAUAGAUGGCUUAUUAUUUAGCAUUUUUAGAAACCUGAAACACUGAAAAAUGUCACUUGUUGUUUUUAUAAGCUCACCUAGGUUUUGAUAAUAGAUUUAUUUAUUACUA